GGCCAUAAAGAAUCUCAGAAAUGGCUUUCAACAGGCUGACCUCAAGUGCUGUAUUACUGUAUGAUGAAUGGCUUAAAGAAGCGGACCCCAGGGUUGAGGACUGGCCCCUCAUGUCCUCCCCGUUUCCUCAGACGCUUGUCAUUCUGAUCUACGUCUACUUUGUCACAAUGCUGGGACCUCGCUUGAUGGAAAACCGCAAACCCUUUGACCUCAAGCGGCCUAUGAUCAUCUAUAACUUUAGUAUUGUCGUGUUCAGCAUCUACAUGAUUUAUGAGUUUCUCAUGUCUGGCUGGGCCAAUGGGUACUCGUACAGGUGUGAUCUCGUGGACUACUCCAGCUCUCCCCAGGCUCUCCGGAUGGCCUGGACAUGCUGGCUGUACUAUUUCUCAAAGUUUGUGGAGAUGUUGGAUACUGUUUUCUUUGUCCUGAGAAAGAAGAACAGCCAAGUGACCUUCCUCCAUGUCUACCAUCACUCAAUCAUGCCUUUCACAUGGUGGUUUGGAGUGAAGUUUGCUCCAGGUGGCCUAGGCACCUUCCAUGCCCUGCUGAACUGCUGUGUCCAUGUCGUCAUGUACACCUACUAUGCCCUUUCUGCUAUGGGACCAGCCUAUCAGAAGUACCUGUGGUGGAAGAAGCAUAUGACCACCAUCCAGCUGGUUCAGUUCGUGAUGGUGACUGUUCACAUUGGGCAGUUCUUCUUCAUGAAGGAAUGCCCUUACCAGUUCCCUGUGUUCCUGUAUGUCAUCGGCCUGUAUGGACUGAUAUUCCUGGUCCUCUUCCUGAACUUCUACUACCAUGCCUACACCAAGGGCAAGAGAUUGCCUAAGGUCAUCAGCUGUGGCAUGAGCUUUCGGAAUGGCGUGUACAAGAAGGCUCAGUAAUCAUCUCUGGUCACCUCAAAGGGAAACUCUUGCAGCUUUUUAACAGGUUUUCUUUAAUCAUUUCAGACAAUUUUGGUUCUACCCAUAUUGUGUUUUAUGUUAAAACUUUGUGGAAUACCACCUUUAUCACUGAAUAUCGCCAAGCUAGCACGUCCGUGGUUCUUCACUGGAGCUGAUCCUGGUUUGUAUGGUCUUCACUUGAGUUCUGAAAUGUUAUGGGGUAUACAAUAUUUGUUUUAACGUCCCCUCAUUUGUGUGUAUAAAUCUUCAUGUAAAUCCCAGCUUAACAAUAUGAACUUUUGGUUUAGCAGAAACAUGGCUUGUGAGAGCAGAGGUAUUUUUGAAGUUUUAAACGUUAUUAGUCUCUGAGGGGGCAGGAAAGGCGAGUUAAAUGUUCGGCUGGCUAAGCCUGCAGCCCCUUCCCCAAGGAAGAGCAUGACUGAUUAUUACCUGUUUACGCUUGAGUCUUGACUUAUGAGCAGCAAAAGUGACAGCUGGGUUUGUAACAAUCUUUUGAUGUUUUAUUUUGUCCGUUUAAUGUUCUUAAUGUGGUUUGUUUUUAAAAAAAAAAAAAAAAGUAACUUCUGACUGAGGCAUUUAAGUUCUUCAAAGAACCAAAUGUGCCAAUGAUUGAUGCCUUUUCUAGUCCUUUGUAUAAUGUAUUC